AUGAGAGAGAGAGAGAGUCUAAUAGGUGACCAGAGCUGGGUUCCUAAGCUAAACCACCAAAGUCCACACCCUUUGGAAUUUUGGAGGGAGCAACUGAUAAGGGUGCAAGACUUGAUUCAUGAUGACGACAAAAGCUGGAAUGUGCAACUCAUUAACAAUGCCUUCUCUGACAGAGAUAAGCUGGCUAUUCUUGCAGUGGAUACUCUUAGACCAGACCAACCUGAUAGAUGGAAGUGGACUUUUGAUAAGCAAGGGAAAUUCCAAGUGGCAGAUAAGAUGUUCAGCUUAUUUCCAAAUCGGAAAGAGGGCUUAAAUGAACAGUGGACUCCCCCUCAAGAAACCUUGAUCUCAGUGGACCUUGUAGUCGCUAACGAAAGAAGGGUUCGACGGAAUUUUGAAAAGAGGGGAGAGGGGAAUCGGACCCCGUUGUCGACGCCUGCUUUGGGUUGA